CAAGGCUUGGGGAGAUUAUUAGCCGAGGUAUAAUGUCGUACAUUCUUUGUACAAAAGUAUUGAUGAACGAAACCUAAUCAUUUCCAUGAUAGGCAGCAUUCACCUAUGUAAUCGUUCGCAACUAUCGUAUGUACUUGACAUAAGGCAUCUAUCCUAAGUCGAUGCUUCCUACCAUAGAAGCUGACAAGUUAGAAGGGAUGCCCGAUCCAAUUGAUACAGAAAAUAAGUUCAAUAAAGAUUAGUUUAUAAUCUGAGAACAAGUUGUCCAGUUUAAUAAAGUAGAAGUGGAGCCUUUUUAGAUAUAAACAAAGUAUACAAAAUUAAGGAGUCAUGGAUGAAUCAGAGUAUAAAGCACUGCUACAGUGGUAUUGUCGCAAUCGUUACUAUAAUGGAAUGUUGUUCCACUCAAAACAAGCUUGCGACGCCCAUCCGUCAAGUGAAAGCUUGAGAAUUUUAUUGGCUCUAGCAUUUGCGCUGACAGGUCAAGGAAGAGAAGCUGUUAAAGAAGUAUCAGGACUAAUUGGAUAUGGUGAUACAACUUUAGCAGCUCUUAUUACACAGAGCUAUGCACACAGACUCAAUAACAAUGCGGAUAGAGGAUCAUUAACCCAGAUUGAAACCAGGAUUCGAGAAGAUAGACGAAAAGCGACGCCUCAAGCUUUAACUCUAGCUGCUAUGGUUUUGUUUUUGCUUGGCAAAGCUGAUAAAGCUAAAGAAUAUGCCGAUAGAGCUUACAAAACAACUCCUACCAACAUUGAUGUUCUGCUGAUAAAGGGAUGGAUUCAUUUAAACUCACCAAAGGAUCAGAUUGUUGGAAAACUAACAGAUUAUUUUGAGCUAGUUCUGAAGCAAGACAGAAAACAUUUAAAUGCUUUGUUGGGUUCCGCAAAACUAAAGGAAUACAAUGCACAGCACGAAGCUGCGAUUUCUUUACUGAACUCAGUAAUCGUUCGCUAUCCAAAACUGUCAAUGCCUCUAACUGAAAAAAUGUCAAAUCAGCUAGCUAUGAAAGACUGGGAACAGGCCCUUGAAACUGCAAACAGAAUAUUACUGCUAGAUUCCGCUAAUACUAGUGCUAUACAACUCAAAGCCAUCUCAUCAUUUUGCAGAGAUGGUGACUACCAGGAGGGACUAAAAUAUCUGCAAACUUUUUUUAGAAACUUAUCUCUCUCAGAACCGAAGAAUAUGCAUCUUUUGAUAGAUGGGGUACAGCUAUUUUCUCGAAUAACUGGAAAAAACUUAACUAUUCUAUCUGAACUAGCAAAAGUCACAGAGAAGUGUGUACAACAGAAUCCUCAGAAUGGAGACGUGAUGGUAGAAUUGGGAAAUUUGAAUGUGUUGAUGGGAAAAGUAAAAGUAGCAGAGCAUUGGUAUCGUAGUACUGUUAGAAUAGAUGAGUCUUCACUAUCAGCCUUGAUGGGAUUGGCGCAUUGCCAGUUAUUAGACACAUCUUCUGGAGCAACAGACUUAGCUCGGCAACAGAUAGACUUUUUGAGAGAAAUUCAAGUGAACGCAACGAGUCCUGAAAUUUUUUAUAUGUCGGCUAUACUGAGUAAUCACGAUCCAAGUGCAGCAGUAAAUUAUUUGGAUAUGGCAGUAACUAUUCUACUAGAAAACUGCAAAGAGAUCCCAUACGGGCUUAAAUAUUUGACAACAUUAAAUCCUGACUUCUGUCUGGAGAUAGUCAAGCAAUAUUUAAUAUUCUUGCCAAGCACGUCGAGCAUUGGAUCUACCGAUACAGAUCUGUUGAGUGAAACACUAACAAAACAGUGUUUAAAUAUUCUCGAAAAAGUAUGUGAUGCAUGCCCAGGACUAGGAGCUGCUUUAAUGAUGUUGGGAAAAGUUCGAAUGCAGAGUGGGAAUUUCGAAGGAGCCUCAGUGGCUUUGAGAAAAUUAUUAGAUUCAGUUGAUCCCAACAGCGCACCGGCGCAUUUGUUAAUGGCUCAAAUUCUUGCUCGUCAAGGUAAAUACCAGCAAGCUUCGCAGAGCUUGGAAGUUGGGUUGAGCUACAAUUUUAAAGUGAGAGAUGAUCCCAUGUACCAUCUAAUUAUCGGUUUGGUUGAGAAGGAUAAUGGAGAUCUAAACAGCUGCAUACAUAGUUUACGCGUAGCUAUGUCGUACGCUGGAUUAAUGCCUGGCGAAGGCAUACCUACUACACCGAUACCAAUUACUGACAAGGCAACUUUAUACUUAGAGCUUAUCUCAGCAUAUAGCAAAAUUCGGAAAUUCAAUGAUGCACUCUUACUGAUGGAUGAAGCUAAAUCUGAGUUAUCUGGUACAGUUGAAGAAGGUAGAAUCACUAUCGGAAAUGCAGAGCUAUGUUUAGAAAUGGGGGAUAUUGAUAAUGCCAUAAAUCUGCUCUCAAAAAUUUUACCUGGUCAACCAUAUUACUUGCAAGCACAUACGAGACUUGCUGAAAUUCAUUUAAACUCGAGAAAAGACAGACACGCAUUUGCCAAGUGUUUCAGGGAACUAGUAGAGCAUUCUCCUGGUUCAAAGACAUAUAGUAUGCUCGGGGAUGCAUAUAUCGCGAUUCAGGAACCGGACAGAGCGAUCGAAGCUUACGAGCAAUCAUUGAAAAAAAAUCCGUCAGAUAAACUGCUCGCAAAUAAAAUGGGGAAAGCCUUGGUAAAAACACAUCAGUAUGCAAAAGCCAUAACUUAUUAUAAAGAAGCUACCAAACAAGAGGGUUGCGGAGAUUUAAAAUUGGAUAUGGCUGAGCUAUUUAUGAAAAUGAAACAAUUUGAUAAAGCCGAAGCAACUUUGGCCCAAGAAUUGCAAGAUGGUCGCAGUGCUAACGACUUACCAAGUCUAGAAUUACGCACAAAACAGUUACUUCUACUAGCCAGAGUCCGUGAACGAGCAGGCAAUAUGCAAGCCGCGCUUGCAACUCUCAGAGAAGCCAGGGAAAACCAGAGUCGAGCGGCCCAAAGAGCUGCUGUUACACCAGGAGCGAUUGGACAGAAAGAAUUGCUUGCGCAAAUAUGCUUGAGCAUGGCUGAGCAUGCUUCAUCCCUGAGAGAUUUUGAUCAAGCUAUUGUGCACUACAAAGAAGCUUUGAAUCAUAAAUCAGCGGAUAUUAAAGCACUGCUAUCGCUAGCCAAGAUUUAUAUGCAAGUGAAUGAUUUAGAUCGUUGUGCUCAAAGCUGCACGGCUCUACUGACUACGGAUCCUAAUAAUGAAGCCGCGUUAGUGAUGAUGGCCGAUCUCGCGUUUCGUAAAGUCGAUUUUGAAACAGCAGCUUAUCAUUUUCGUCAGCUAUUAAUUCGCCAGCCCACUUAUUGGACCGCAUUAGCAAGACUCAUAGAAGUUUCACGCAGAACAGGAAAUAUGGACGACCUUCACGAGUGGAUAACUAACGCAGAAACUCAUAUGGGUACCAAAGAGGAGGCUGGCUUUUCUUAUUGUGCUGGUUUACUAGAUUGGCGAUUAGGAAAGUUAAAUUCUGCCCUACGCCACUUUAACGCGGCUCGUCGCGAUCCUGAAUGGGGGCAGCAAGCGAUUUACAACAUGAUCGACAUAUGCCUAGAUCCCGACGACGACUCUGCACUAUACAACGAUACGUUCAACGAUGAUUUGGAAUACCAAGAUUCGAGAUCAUUAGCUCUGAAGACGGCCCAACGUCUACUGCAGGAAUUAAAUCCAAAAGGGGGUAUCCAGGAAAUGCUUACCCACAGGCUACUCAGUAACUUUUUUCUCCUGGCCACCAAACAGAAGUCGAAUAUUGAGCGAGCUUUACAAGAUUGUACAGCACUGGCUAGUCAAGACGCAUUGAAAGAUCAUGUCGGUCCGGCUCUAGGCUUAGCUACCGCCCACAUACUUCUGAAGCAAACCCCGAGGGCUCGAAAUCACCUGAAAAGAGUUAGCAGAAAUGUUUGGUCAUUUGAAGACGCCGAAUAUUUAGAACGUUGUUGGGUGCUAUUGGCGGACAUAUACGUUCAGUCAAGUAAGUACGAAAUGGCUGCGGAACUUCUGAAACGUGUCUUACAACAUAACGCAACCUGUGUGAGAGCCCAUGAAUUAUCUGGCUACAUAGCGGAAAAGGAACAGAAUUAUCGAGAAGCAGCGAUUCAGUAUUCCGAAGCAUGGAAAUAUGGCGGAAGAUCUAAGCUUUCAGUCGGGUAUAAAUUAGCCUAUUGCCACAUGAAAAGUAAGGCAUAUGCGGACGCCAUUGAAAUUUGCAAUGAAGUCUUAAAACAAAAAUCUGAUUAUCCCCGUAUAAGAAAAGAUAUAUUAGAAAAGUCUAUGAAUAAUCUUCGAACGUGACCAGGGUAAUCUCUCGUGUCUUUAUAAUUAUUCCGUCCAAUGUAGCAAUUAUUGCAUAAAUAAAAAAAUGAGCAUU